AUGACAUCCUGCAUUGGAAGCCUCCCGCAUUGGAAGCCGCCUGCAUUGGAAGCCUCCUGCGUUGGAAGCCUCCCGCAUUGGAAGCCUCCUGCAUUGAAAGCCUCCUGCGUUGGAAGCCUCCUGCAUUGGAAGCCUCCUGCAUUGGAAGCCUCCCGCAUUGGAAGCCUCCUGCAUUGGAAGCCUCCUGCGUUGGAAGCCUCUCGCAUUGGAAUCUUCCCGCAUUGGCGGUCUCCUGCUACAGCCUCCCGCAGUUUGUCUGCAGUGAUUCGUUUCCCUCAAAAUCUGCAAGCGUGGCAUCAGCACGGGCUUUGUGCCUAG